GAGCAUGCGCAUAGAAGGGCACUUAAUUUCUGAAAUGUGUUUAUGUUAUGUUUAAUUAAUAAGGUAUCUAACCGUGUAAAAUAUAAUUAACAAAAUAAUAUGCAUGUAUUUAUUGAAAUAAUCAAAAUAUGAUGGAUGAUGAUGAUGUUCAUCUGUGUCUGGCCUGUAACCAAACCAUCAUCGGCCUCAUCAACUACAUCGUCCACAAAAAGAGUCAGUGUCGAUCGAAGAAAUCGCAGACAACUACUCCGAAGAAUGGAGGGGAAAGAUCCCACUCAAAUGAUGCUGGGAGAGAUUCAUCAAACUCAAUUUCAGAACUUGCUAUUUCCUACGCUAGUGAAACGCCACCAUCUUCACAUAUCAUUACUAGUGGAACAUUAACUGAGAUCGUCUCGAACCAGUUUUUAACGUCACUGCCUUCAAGUGGUCAGCGGAAUUACAUAUUUUCCACAGCUGGGCAUAAUGAAGCCAAUACAGUGCUUUCAGAAACUAGUCGUAACUAUCUGUCUUCUGAGAAGAAUGUUCCAGGCUCAUGCACCAUUGACUAUUCAAUUUCAGGAAUUAGCAGUCUUGCAAUUCCCUCAACUGGCAGUUGUUUUUCUGGUAAUGGUACACAGGCUAUUGAUGGUAAACUGCAAAGCAAUGUAAAUAGUUUUACUUCAACGUUGGGUGGGCAGACAUCUUCAUACAACUUGCCACCAGAGAAUGUCUGCACCGAUUCUGCUAUUAGCAUUGUUUCGUUAAACCAGCCUGUGUCUUUACCAGAAAUGAGUCCACUCGAUAUUCAGCAGACAUCAGCUAAUACACUGUGCUCCACCAGUCUACCGGGCUCGUCGACUGAACAUACACUGUCCCUGGAAAUACAUUCACCUCUGUCCAGAUUCAUCUCAGCAAACCUCAGUCCAGUUUCUGGCGUUGUCAGUCCCAAUUCUGUGAUGCCUCAGACCAGUGUAGGAAACUGUGAAGAUUUCUUUCAGUCCUUGGAGCUCCAGAGUAAAUCCCAGCAUGGCAGUAAGCCUUGUGCUCAAGGCAGGCACACUAUGGACGAAUCAGAAAUGGAUCUUGAUCUUCCCAUUUCUAGAAUUCUGAGCAGCCUUGAUUUCAGCAGUGAUGAGGAUUUGGUGGACUUCCCAUUGGAUGGCAGUUUUGGUGACAUAUCUGAUGAUGACGAUAAUUCGUCCUACCCACCAAGUUCUCACACUGGAGGCAAGUGGAAACCUGGUGAAGGACCAGUCCAUUCAUUUUCUAAAAAAAUCAAUGCAGGAAACAGAUGGAGAAGAGGAUCAUAUUUAGAUGCAAGGAUGGGUCAUGGAGGAAAGUGGAAACCAGGAAUGUCUAGAGCACGGCCCAAAAGUGAUAAAGUGAUGCCUGACAAAGUCUAUGAGUGUCAUGCUUGUGGGGUGUCAUUUCAUAAUCGGUUCCAGUAUUCCCAUCACUGCAGUAUGCAAAGCCACAAGUUGAAAACACGUGGCAAGUCGUCUGGUGGUUGCAAGGGCUAUCACUGCUCGGCAUGUAGAGUCUCACUGCCAUCAAGGUUUUCUUAUUCUCAUCACUGCAGGAGAAAGUCACACAAAUUUAAUGUGAAGAACCAGGAGUUGGGCUAUUCAGAAAUACAGAUUUCUCAAGGAGUAUUGGGAGCUGAUAAACCAAAUAAGUAUGACUCUGAAAAGUCGUCUCAUCCAGAAAACACAUCUAGCUCUAGUUGGAGCCAGGAGAGUGGUGAUCAGGUCAAAGGUCAAACUAAGCAGCAAGGGAAUCUUGCUGAUGAAAAAGAGCAGACUGUUAACAGUUUGGAAUGUGAAAACUGUAAAGUUUGUUUUGAAAACAAGACCGAUUUUUCGAUGCAUUGUGACAUGUGUAAAAUAAAUUCUACUUCAAAAGACAGAAGACAGAAAGGUGCAGGACAACUGUCCAGUAACAAAUCUGUAGAUGAUAAUAAGGUGUAUACUUGUAGCAAGUGUUCUCAAAUGUUCAUCAAUCGAUUUGCAUAUUCACGCCACCAGGGUUUAUGUAGAGGUAAACAUCCAGAUGCGUCCAAGGGUGAUGAGAAUACAGAUAAAAACAGAGACUCGGAAAAUGCUGUUGCAGCAAAACAUUCUGAUAAUGAGAAAAAACCUGAUCUUUUGAAUGAAUGCAUCAAACCACUUGUUAUCCGGUUGUAUUAUUGUUCUAACUGCAAGCAUUCUUUCAAGACGCGUCCUUUGUACGAUGUUCAUUGUGCUAUAUGCAAGUCUGCUGUAGACCACUCCCAUUCUGUAAAUGAUAACUGUGGACAUUGCUGCUGCUGUAGUCGAAUCUUCAGGUCCGAUCAAGAGCGUGCAGAACACUGUGCAACUGGUGAUCAUCAGAUAAAAGAAUCACAGUUCCUCAGACAAAUGGAGGAUGACCCUGGAAUGGAAAAACUGACUGACAGUUCAAAAACAGAAGAAACAACUGACAGUUGUCCAAGACUGAUUGAUAGACAAGAACAGAAUCAUGUGUGUUCAGUUUGCAAUAAAAGUUUUACAAGACUCUAUGACAUAGUGCGACAUCUUUUGACGAGAUUUCAUAGAAACCGUGCCAUUGACCAUCCACAGGUCAUACACAUGUUGCAAAAAUAUCACCGCUUGCUACUCCGACUAAGUCCUUAUCAGUGUAGUAUAUGUCAGUUUUUCUUCAACAGAGAAGUGGACUUCCAAAGACAUAUUGCAUCUGACUUGCAUCAUAAAAACUGCUCUGCUAUAGUAGGCCAGGUUAUGUGCGUUUCGUGCAAAUACUCGACAUUUGAUCAUCAGUCUAUUUCAGUACAUAUCGCUUCCGAGGGUCACCAAAACCUUCACAGGAAAAGCAAAUUGCUCUGCAUUGUGAAAGAAAAGAAACGCCAAAUAAAAUGUCAGUACUGCGGCAUAGUGAUGGAUUCGAGAAAGCGAAUGAGAAAGCAUGUGGCUUACCGACACCCAACGGGAAUUCCUCCUGAAAUAUUUGCAAGAGCCAAGGGAAGAAAGGAGCCAUCGUGUUCAACCUGUGGCAAGAUGUUCUUCUCGGCAUCGGCUUUAGCAGUGCACAUUGGUCGGGUUCACCUGAACAACAAACCAUACAUCUGCAAACUGUGCAACAAGUGCUACAAAAGCAAGAUGUCCCUCAUUAAGCAUUCCAAGUGUAACAUGCACCUCAAGAGGAUGAGAACGAAAGCGUUUAAAGUAGACCUCCAGACAGAGCAGCAGUCCACUGAUUUCAAUACGGAUCUGGACGACAGCUAUGUGAUCAUAGAAAAUGAUGUUGCUGUUGAUGUAGCAGAGAGUGCAGUGGAAGGUAAUGUGAAGUCUGAUGAUGCCAGUGACAGUAGAAAUAGUCAGUCUGCUAAUAAGAAAGAUGAGCAGACAGAUGAAAUGCUAGAAGUGAAAGAAGACAAUGCUAGUGAUAGAAUGCUGCAAUGUGUGCAGACCAAUGUACAUGUGACUGUCAAGUCUCAGAGUGAUCCCAACUUGAAUAUAUUGUACUUCGGAAAGGAAACUAAAACACUUUCAACUGAAAAGGUUUUCAGAUGUGACAACUGCACAUCAGGUUUUGCAAUGCUUGAUGAUUUGCGUGAACAUGUUGAAAAUGAACAUCCUGAAAACAUCUUCACCUGUGACCUGUGUGGAAGUAUAUUCUUAUCUCGUAAAGCCUUCAGAAUUCACUGUUCGGGAAGGAUGCACCAGGAACAGCUGGUGACACAGGGUACCUCACAACCACUGUUCAAAUGCUCUGAGUGUAGCAUGCAGUUCGCAGAUGAAAAAUGGCGCAAUUUCCACUUCCAGUAUCAGCAUAAUCAUAUAAACAGUGAGGAAUCUUUGGCAGAGAUACAGUGUGGCAAGGAUGAAGUCUCGCAAAGAUUUGGAUCUUUUCUUGGUGAACUUUACUACCUACCGAACAAUGCACAAAUCACUUGUUUAGUCUGUGAUAAGUUGCUAAAGAAGGAGUACCUCCGGGAACAUCUUCGACAGCACACAGGUGAGAAACCUUUUGCCUGUAAGCUGUGUGACAAGGCAUUUGUGGCUCGUCUGUCGCUGCGACGACACCUCAUGUGUCAUUUCGGGCUUCUGGACAGGAACUGUGGCAUCUGUGGGAAACACUUCAAAAAGACCGACCAGUACAAGACGCACAUGCAGGAGCAUAUCAACAAGGACAGGGGUCAGUGCCACAUGUGUGACAUCUGCGGCAUGGUCUUCCCCCUCGAGAAGCAGGUCGUCCACCACAUGAAGAGGCAUGGGGAGCGCAAGUUCAGCUGCCCUUACAAAGGCUGUGCCUGGAAAUUUGUGCUCAAGAGUGAACUCAAGGUGCACAUCUACUCGCACACCGGGGAGAAGAAGUACCUCUGUGACACGUGCGGGAACGGGUUCGCCACGAAGACGCGCUUGGUCCGGCACGUGCGCACUCACACGCAGGAGCGGAACUACCACUGUGAGCACUGCAGCUACAAGGCAGGCAGCCGGACUCACCUCCACCGCCACAUGCGCAUUCACUUGGGCUCCAAGCCCUUCAAGUGUCCAUACUGCUCCUACACCUGCAACACCCACGAGAAUGUCCGCAAGCACAUCACCAAGACACGGAAACACGCUGGACUUAAGAUCUAUCCAUGCAAGUACUGCUCCUAUGGGUCAAACAUGGGUAAGGACUUCAGGAAUCACUUGAUGCUCGACCAUGCCUCAGAAAUAAAAGGUCUCAAUCUGGAAGCAUUGUCUGUGUUUACCGGCUUGUACAACAGAUCCGAUGACCUGAAGCAUGUUGACGGGAUGAACAUCAUCCAGAUCCCCAAACGGAAACCGAGGACUGCACGGAAGAGACCAGGCAAUGUAGUGGCAAAGAUAAAAGAGUCCACACAUGCUGCUCCCAGUGUGAGUGAAUCCACCAAUCACGAAAGGCAGGACAGUGGUGGAGCUCCAAUAUGUAACAUGCAGUCGUAUUGGUCAAUGCAGCAGCCCGAUCAGACUCACUGGUUUGCUGGAGACCGACCGAGUGGCGACGGCGAUGCAAAGUACAUGGAUCAGGAUUCUGACUUGUUGUCCUAUCAGCGUAAUAACACCAUGAUGAUGAUGUCGGCACACUCAUCCACUCACAUGACCGGCUACGACCAUCUAGGUGAUCACAAUGUGGCCGAUGUAGUGAUUGUGUCCAGUGAAUAUUAGAGUGGACACGAACUGUGUUAAAUCUGAGCACAUCCCCAGCUGGAUAACUUAAUUGUGAUCUGGGCCCGUGCUUAAUAAACUUUUAAUUAAGAGUCCAGACUCAAUCUCUAAUGAUGUCACACACAUACAGUUUGUAUGGCAUUUUCAUGACAUUGGUGUCUCGGACUCAAUAGAGUCUCGAGUCUAGACUAAAUGUUUACAAGCACCAAGCCAAUCCAGUGAAUAUUAGAAUGGACUGACUGUACACGAACUGUGUUAAAUCUGAGCACUUCCCCAACUUGAGAUAACUUAACUGUGAUCUGGAUCCGUGCUUAUAAAACUUUUAAUUAAGAGUCCAGACUCAAUCUCUGAUGAUGUCACACACAUACAGUUUGUAUGGCGUUUUCGUGACAUUAGUGUCUCGGACUCAAUAGAGUCUCGAGUCUUGACUCUAAAAGUUUAUAGGCACCAAGCCUGGGUGAUUAUGACAUGGUGUUUGUGUCUGAUCACAGAGUCAAGGGUUUAUUUCUUAGUCUUCCUGUUUGAGAAGCUUGUAAUAAUGAUACUUUCUGUCAUGAGUGGCACUCAAAAUAAAUAGCACAUGUAAGGCAAA